UAUAAAACUUGAUGCCAGUACCGUAGUGGGAAACAUCGUGAACAAACUGUGACGGUUUGAAUAAGAUUACUGUACGGUUGCUAGUUACUGCUUGGAAUGCAGUGUACGAACGUUUACAUGUCAAGUUUAAUUUCUGCGUGUGCACGUAUGUGUGUAAAUUCGCAGUCUUUUUUAAAUGUAUUUAUUUUUUGUAAAGUUUGGUGGUAAUUGUAGUAACUAUUUAUUUUUUUAUUUUAUUUUCAAUCGCAGCUGCAAUAGAUUACGUUGCACUUCCUCUGUUUCGUUUAUAAGCCCGGAUACAAUACUAUUUAUGUUUGUAAAAUGUUGAAGACUCUAACUGAAAAGCUGAGAAGACACUCUUUAAAUGAAACACAGCAUUUUCAAUUGAAGAUUUCAUACCACGCGAGUGAGGAUGGGGGCGAGAGUGAUGAUUUAGAGGGAGAGAACCAGGAGCUGGUGCAGAUUGACAAAGAAAUUAAACGGAAUUGUAACCGGAGCCCUCUGGCCAAUAACCAGCUGCAGAACCAGGAGGCCUUGUCGCUGGCGAGAGUGCAAAAGCUACGGGUUCUGUUUGACCCGGGCUUAGACCGGCACAGCUCAGAGGAAGAGUUGGAGCGAAUCAGCUGUGAGUUCCUUCAGCAGGCCAGCAAGGGCAGGAAGUGGGGCGGUCACCAUGGUGAUGCUAGCACCUCUUCAAGUGACGAAGAGGUCAAGGACCUGUGUGGCCCAGCGGAGUCUGACACUCACCUAAGUGCCUCCCCCAGCCCUGUGCCCUUCAGUGCCUCUCCACCGCACAGACUCACCCCCCUGGUCAGGGAAAAAGCCAGGCCUAUAAUCCUGGCUCACUUCGACCAGUCUUCAUCGAAUAAACGACAACGGGUACAGGGCAGGCCCAGUCUAGACUUGGAGAAAAUGCAGCAGCGUAUCAGAGGCAGCUGUCCUUCUCCCAGGUACAUCUACGACCCAUCAUCCUUUGCCUUCCACUCGCUCAGCACGUUGAAACCGCAGAGUCCACUGCUGGCUGCUGAGGAGACAUCGUGUGCCUGAUACCCUCCCCUUAGGAACAAACACACCUGGAAACUGCAGUGGGGUCGCAAUUGGGUUUGUUUACUGUGAAAGUCUUCAAAGAAGGAAUGAUGAUACAAGAAAAAAGCUUGGUCCUUUUUAAAGGGUUAAAAAAGAAACCGCACCCAUCUCAGGAAUCUUAAUUACAGCAGCAUGGGGAACCAAGGGGAGCACUCUGUAUGGCUGGACAAUGAAAGCCAAAGAGCUGUGGAACACAAAGUAGAGCACUAUAUAGCACAGGCGCCAUUUUGAUCUGUGGACAAAAGCUUCAAAUUGAUUUCUCUGCCAAGCAGUGCUAGGAAUCAAUCUAGAGUUAAACCCAAUGAAAAGACUAACAUUAUUACUGUGUUAUUAAUAUUAACAAGCAAGUUCAAUACCACCACCCUCCCCUUAUACUUCCUUCUAAUUACUCCACUUUGUGUAUAUCAUAUAUUUUUUUUCUCCCAAGCUAAAACGAUGUUAUACUUUUUCAAUUUAGAAAACUAUGGAAAUACUGCAGCACAGCCUGUGAACAUGUCUUUCUGAUACAUAAACAAAGUUAAGCAAAACUCCCUGCACAGCUUUGGCCUUGAUGCAUAUAAAUAGGUACGUGUAAAUGACAUUUGUGUCCCAGCUUUGAAAAAGUCUUAAUAAGCAAUUACGGAAUUGCUGUGGUAAUAAUGGAACUCCGAAGUCCGUAAAGCCCGAGGGCGGAGGUAAAGGGUCUUAUUUGAACAAUAAUGUAGUAAUAGAAAAAAAAAAAAAAACUACAAGGUACAUUUUAAUAAAACUGUAGCAGAAAAACUUCAGCCAUUUCCAUUAGCCACUCCACAGCAAUGCCAUUAUACUACAUGUUUUCAACUUGUGUAUUUAUUUACCUUUGUUUGAAAUAAUUAUUGCAGUCCACUGAGAGUUCACUGGAUGUCCAUCACCACCAUGCUGGUUUAAUCAUGAUUUACUUUGCAAAGUCUACCGAGGAUGUAUGCAGUCAAAUCAUCUGUUCGUCCACAGCUCAAAUGAACACUUAAAGAAAGAAAACAACACAUUUUAACUUGACAUUUUAUGGAAACUUGUGUUGACUAUAAACUUUUACAGUUUCAAUUUUCUUUUGUUUGAAAUUUAAAAAUAAUCAAUAAAAGCCUAAGCCAGUGACACAGUGACUACCUUCUGAUUCUACGAAUGUAAACUCAUAAUGGGAAUGCUCAAGGAUGUUCAAGUGGGAAACUUGCAAAGGGAAAGGAGAUACAAGAGAGUUGCUAGCCACUUUUAUUGACACUGCAAGUUAUACUGAGCCAAAUACAUAAUGUACAAUGUUCUCUGAAAUUUGGGUCGCUUGCAUUCAUAUUAAUUUAUUUUCUUUAAGAGGAGACGUCGUAUUGGAUAGGGUGAGAAUUCCCUACUGGCUGCUGUAGGAUUUGGCCAGUACAAAUCUCCCCUGGCUGUGUAUAGAAUAGACAAGCUGUCUCUAAAGCCAGUGGGACACCUUCCAUUGUCGUAGGACUGGAUGUGUGAUAUUCCUGUCGUACGAGCACGGACAGCUGCCAAAUCUGCAUGGAAAAUCUGCAAGGGUGGCAUCUGACCAGCUAUAGGCGUGGGUCCUUCAAGAGUCUCCUAAUAUGAGAACAAAUAAAGGGAUUGAAAUAGCUUCACCCUCUUGAGAAGAUGCAUCCUUUAGCCUUGUAGUCUAAAAAUAUUUAUCCUUGAAAAAGGACAUUAAUCAGAUAGCAAGAAAUAAAAAAAAGACAAAUGUUUACAGAUAAACAUAUUUAUUAUGUAAAAAAACAAAACAAAAACAAAUGGACUGUAAUGAAUGCCAAAAAGCAAACAGUAUCUUGUAUUUGGCCAACAACAAAACUGUUUAUGCAUCAUCACACAGGGGAUAGUCACAACCACUUCAAUUAUGCAGAAAAAUACUCAAAAUGAUCACAUUACAAUUGAUUUGUCAAAACAGACCGUAUAGGUAAAAAGUGCGAGCAAAGGAGCCACAGUACCUGUAAGGAUAAAAAGACACACUUAACUGUUGUAGAAAUGUUCCUGCACAGUGGUAACCAUCAGUAACCUAUGUGCAACAUGAUUAAUCCCUGUUUGCACACUAAAUCAAAACGCAAGUAGGGUAACGUUGAAAUUCCCACAGAAAAGAAGUGUCAGAGUCAUGGUCAGCCCAAAGUCUCGGACACCCUAAAACACAAUCCUUUGGUGUGACAAUCUUCUGAAAUCCAGUGUCGAGAGUCACUGAAGUCCAAAUGCUAAGUUUAAACUUCUGAAGAAAAAUGUGUGACAUUGCCAGAUCACGAAGGCUCUUGAUAGUCCAGUUUCGAA